AUGACAGCGCGUUCCUCUCCCAUUCGAUCGGAGCUCCGAGAUGGAGGCGGUUCUCCGGACGGGUAUUUAGUAGUUUGCUUUCUUUCUGGACUCUAAGCUCGCGCAUUUCAACAAACAUUUGCCGCUCACUACGUUUAAGGUUUCUGAUAGUGCGUAAAUAUUGGACAAAGCGAAUUUUUCGAAGUCUUGUGGGAAAUACUUACCUUGUCCCAUACAUUGGGAGAACUGCAGGAUGAGGAACAUAGUCAUGUUUAGUGGAUUAAUCCGACGUUUUUUCAUUGUUUCUUUCUUGUAGAAAGGACGAGAUACCAGUCCAUGGUAUCUCUGAAACCAUCGUGGGCGUGUUGGGAGGAGGACAGUUGGGACGUAUGCUCUGUCAAGCAGCUUCUAAAAUGGCGAUCAAAAUAAUGACGUUGGAUCCUCUCGAGAACUGCCCUGCGAGUGCCCUUGCCUUCCACCAUGUUGUCGGGAGCUUCGAUGAUGGCGAUACUGUUCGGGAGUUUGCGAAAAGGUGGAUUGACUUUCGUAUUUCUUUCUUCUUCCUUCUCAACGAGUUUGUACUGUGGUUGGAGUUUCUCUUUGAUAGAUAGGUGUGGAGUGGUGACUGUUGAAAUCGAACACGUUGAUGCUAUUACGUUAGAGAAGCUCGAGCAGCAAGGAAUAGAUUGUCAACCGAAAGCUUCUACAAUACGAAUGAUCCAGGUAAGUAUACAUUUUUUAAUAUGCAGAUAUCCGCUACCCAUUGUAAAUUAAUAAAUCAGUUCUAAGCAUUGUCUCAACGAGCUUCAGAGUUAAAAUUCAUCAUCGUUUAUUUCUAUGUCAUUUUAUUUCUCUUUGCAGGAUAAGUACCUACAAAAGGUUCAUUUUUCUCAACAUGGAAUUCCAGUUACGGACUUUAUGCAGGUGUCACAGCUAUUUCUUAAUCUGGACGCGUUCAAUUACUGUGUUCAAUGUGUCUUACCUUCCUUUCAAAAUAUUUCGUGGUAGAUAAAUGACCAGGAGGAGGCAGAACAAACUGGUAAACUGUUUGGCUACCCUUUAAUGAUCAAAAGCAGGCGACUAGCUUAUGACGGCCGUGGGAAUGCUGUUGCCUACAACAAAGAGGAAAUUUCUUCUGCUGUUUCAGGUGCAUGAUCUUGGACUCUACCGCAAGAUGUUUUCACAUUCGCUCAUUGCAUGUCGGCAAGAUGUUUAGUAUCCUCCAUUAUGUUAUUAUCUUUGAAAAUUGGUUAUGGGAUGGCGAGUUUUGGCUCAUUGUGUUAAGUGAACAUUUUCUUUUGUACCACACUUUUCCUCACAUUCUUUAGGAGGAUACUAAAACGGAUCCUAAUUUCUUGUUAAGUAAUGAAUUUGGUGAUUAUUUGUGCAACCCUCUUUGAUCAUAGAAAAUAUAAACGAAGCCUAACUUCUAACUUUGCUUCCUCUGCAGCAUUGGGAGGAUAUGAUCGAGGUUUAUAUGUUGAAAAAUGGACACCAUUUGUGAAGGUUGAUUCCUCUCUUUUUUUUAAUAACUGCUAUUCGUAUAUUUCCUUUUUCUGUGAUUUUUGAUAACUUAUAUUUAUACAUCCUCUCUUUACAUUGAUUUGUACAUUUUAUGGCAUAGAUACCUCCAUUCAAGUUGCUUGAAAUUUGGGCGCUUUGUUUAAACUAGCAGGCCUGAUUAUGAUGGAGAAUUAAAAGAAUGAACUAGUGUUAAGUCCAAGAGAAUGAUAACGAAAAUUAGAGCGAACAUAAUAACUGAGUCCAUUUCGAUCCAAACCUGAGGUUGUGGCCUUUUAGAUCAGCACACUAGAGUCAUCCGAACCGGAUGGCCUUUUCUCCUAAAGUGAUGGGAUACUUCAAGAAUGACUCUUUUAUAAGUGAACAGUAACCACCUCUUGAUGUCUUUUUCCAAUUUUACCCUUCAUAAAAUUGAAAAAUGACCCAGUCGCUAUGCAUAUUUAACCCAAUACUUACGUGAGAUGUGAUAAUUCCUUAUUAAUCUUUAAUAAAUCACUUUAGUAUGGAUUACCUUAAUUAUAGCCUCAUAAUAUACAGCUCAUAUAUAUGUGCUCACAUUGAGAUCAAAUCCGAUAGAUUAAUCAUCAUUCAGUGAUGAUUUUGAUUCGAUAUUGUUGCCAUGCUGGGAAGUGGGUGAAUUUUGGUUUGAAACAUAUUGUUUUUGGAUAAGCAUUGUUCAUGAAGUAAAGUGAUACAUUUAUGCAUGGAAUUUUUAUUUUUCCUAUUCUUUUGUACCAAUCAAUGUGUAAUGUUCACACAUCCUUUUAUUUGUUAUUAACUUUCGCUUGUGCCUUGGUUUUGAGAUAUUUUUCGAGAAUGUCACCAUAGCUUCAAUCCCACAAGCUUACUUUUUAGAUUUUAUAAUUUAUUUGUGCCAUGUUUCUGACUCAGACAUGUCUUUGUUCUGAAAAUCUUGUCUUAUGCUUUGUUGUUUUCUCUAGGAGUUGUCUGUUAUUGUUGGAAGAGGAAGAGAUGGUACAAUUUUGUGCUAUUCUGUGGUCGAGACUGUACAUAAGUAAGAUGCUGCAGUCGUAAUUUUGUUUGCUCCCAUUUUUUUACUGUACCUUUUAUGGGAGUUUCGUCAACUCUCCUUUGGUAACUUGUGUUCAGUCAGGAUAUCCUAGAAUCCUCAUAGAUGCUUGUGGUAUUGUCAGGGAUAACAUUUGCCACAUUGUGGAAGCACCUGCUGAUGUACCUCACGUAAUAAGAAAGCGAUCUUGUGACGUUGCUGAAAAGGCUGUCAGUUCACUAGAAGGGGCUGGAGUUUUUGCUGUUGAGUUGUUUUUAACAAAUGACGGACAGGUAUAUUUUACAUCUUCAUGAUAUGUUGAUCUUGAGAUGCUUCUUUAGUUUGAUGGAUGCUGACAUAUGGUAAAUUCUCAUAUUUUCUUGUAGGUUCUGCUGAAUGAAGUAGCACCUAGACCUCAUAAUAGUGGUCACCACACAAUUGAAUCAUGCUAUACCUCGCAGUAUGAGCAGCACUUGCGGGCUGUUAUUGGUCUUCCACUUGGUGAUCCCUCCAUGAAAGUUCCAGCAGCAAUAAUGUAUAACAUACUGGGUGAAGAUGAGGUGACUUUUGAAACAUUUUUGAAGCGGUUGAUUUCUAAUGACUGGUUGCAGAUUUAUAGAUUCCUGUUCAUUUUUUAUGGUAUGCAAGAUAAACCAUUUGAGCUAUUAGAUCGUGAAUUUGGAUUCAUAAGCACUUUUGUGUUUCCAGUUUUGUGUCCAACCAUGACUUGUUCCUCAGCUUUGAACCGUGGGUGUGAGGAUCUUGAACUAGGAGGCUUCUUGAAUGAAACAUGUGCUACUUGCUUUCAAAUUGAUGUCAUAGAUGAGAUUGCUGCUCACUCACAUGUGGUAUGUUCAUGUCUUGGUCGUUGUAGUGGGUUCUCCACAGAUAGUGAGACCCUUUCAAUUUCUGUUGCUUAAAAGACGUCCAAUUCUUAGGUUCUCUACCUAGAACUUUGCUGGCAAGGAGAUCGUAUGUUGAAGUUAUCCAAUCACAGAAUAACAGAUUAAAGCAUAAUGGUUAAGAAGUAAUCUUCCUCCAAGCCUCCUUGCUCAUGAAACCUCUUUUACGUGAACUAUAUAGAAAAUGGGCAUUGUCUAGCACCAGACUUUCUCCUUUUUUCAUCAAUCCCAAAGAUGUCUGCCUACGUCGCUUAAGUUGAUUUCGAAUGUGAAUAAUAUUAAUUUAGGGAGAAGCAGGUUUCCUUUUGGCACAUCAGCUGAUGGCAAGGGCUUUAAUCAUUCCUGGAGCAUCCGUUCAUUGGUAUGAUAAGCCAGGUGGGAACUUCGCGAAUAUUGCCAUGAUUCUAUUUCGUGGUGGAAGUUUAUUGACACUCUUACCUAUUAGUAUUGUUUGUCUCGACCCUGUAGAUAUGCGGAAACAGCGGAAGAUGGGCCAUAUCACAAUUGUAGGUCCUUCAACGAGGACAGUGAAGUCACACUUGAACUCAAUGUUGAACAAUGAAAAUCUGGGGGAUCAUGUUGCAGGUUUCCCUUCUCUAGCUUUUGCCAUUUCUAAUGCCUUAUUGGCUGCUGUAGGUUCAUCUGUAGUAACGUAUUAUCAUCUUAUUGGUAGAUGCAAGGAACCCUCGUGUUGCAAUUAUAAUGGGAUCUGAUUCUGAUCUUCCCAUAAUGAAGGAUGCUGCAGAAGUUUUGAAGACAUUUGAUGUUCCAUUUGAGGUUAGCCCUUUUGGAUCUAAUAUUUUUGGAUCCCAGGGCCAUUUAACUUUUACUUCAGGUGUCAAUUCAUUUUUCGUCACCUUUUUUCAGAUAACAAUUGUUUCAGCACACCGGACACCUGAAAGAAUGUAUUCGUAUGCUUUAUCCGCAAAGAAUAGAGGAAUUCAUGCAAUCAUCGCUGGUGCUGGCGGAGCAGCACAUUUACCUGGUUAUUUAGAUCCCUCAAGGAUUCAGAUUUCAGCUUCUCCUUCGCCAUUUUUUGUGCCAAAUUAGUGACAAUUUUAUUUAUUUUUUAGGUAUGGUUGCUUCGCUAACCACAUUACCAGUUAUUGGAGUUCCUGUGAAAACGGCUGCAAUGAAUGGAGUUGAUUCCCUCCUUUCAAUUGUUCAGGUCUGUUGUGAAACUCGGUACUUGUAUCACAUUUAUGCAUCAUUCAAAUUAGAACUCCAUAUUUUCGUAUAGUUUUUGCUAUAUAAAGUUUAAGAAUGCCUAGGUGGAAUUGGCCCGGAUGCCGAGAUAUGGGGGCUGACUUGUGAAGCCUUGCCCUGUAUCUGAGAUCUUUGACUUUGUCUAGAUGGAAUGCUUGAAAUUUUAUCCGGUAGACCAUUUUAUAUUUCUAGUGCAAUAGUUUCUGGAUAGAGAAAUUCAACCAGAAAAAUUCCCAUCUGGGCUUAUUAUGCUCAAUGUCUUUCCUGGGAUAUCUUCAAUUUUGUAAUCUUAUUUCUGAAUGUACAAACCCGAAGCCCAAACUUCCUAACCUUGUUGAGACUCCACAGAUGCCCAAAGGUGUCCCAGUUGCGACUGUUGCAAUAGGAAACGCAUACAAUGCAGCUUUGUUGGCCAUAAAGAUCCUGGCGGUGGGAGAUUCCAGCCUCUGUGACAGGUUGAGUUUUCUUCCCCUUUUCCUUUUAUAGAAGAUAUUCCCCCCAUCUGUGUUUAUGGCAACGUCCUCGACUAUCUGUUUCAGAUUGAGCCAAUAUCAAGAAGACAUGGAACAGUCUGUUCUGAUAAAGGCUGAGAAGCUAGAAGGGGAAGGCUGGGAAAAGUACCUGAGCUCUUGA